CCUUGAUCUUGAGGCGCGUCACGGUAGGGGGCGGAGCUGUCAGCCAGCGUGCUCUACGUCUGACGUCAUCUGUGCGCUUCUCACGCUGAUAGGAGAGCAAGGUGACCGCUCCGCUGUGUCCCGGGAGAGGUAACGUGACAUCAUGGUGCUCCAGCAGCUCUUCCGCUUCUCCUCUAUUCUGCGCUCCUCCAUCUCUCUCCACUUGAGGAGGAAUAUCGGACUGACUGCCAUCGCCUUUAACAAGACCAAGGAGCUAGAUCCCAUCCAGAAGCUUUUCGUCGAUAAAAUCCGUGACUACAGGACUAAGAGCCAAAAAACCGGUGGCACUGUCGACGCUGGGGCAGAGUAUCAGAAAGAUCUGAAUGAAGACAUUAGCAAACUGCAGAGGUUAUAUGGAGGGGGCAACUUGGAAAAAUUUCCAGACUUCAAAUUUGAAGAACCAAAACUGGAGGAUGUACAGAAGUGAUCUGAAUCGUGGACCCGUCUUGUCUGUGUUUCUAGUAAAUUAAUAAACCACUUUGGUGAUGA